AUGUCGGAGUCGGCAACUUUUCAUACAAUUCCAGUAUUAUCAACAGAUACAACAAAUACAAUGCAAUCGAUACGACCUUUAUCAUCAUAUCAAAUCCCCAAAUAUUCCAUAACAUCAACUUCUUUAGCAACUCCUUUAUCACAAUUAACAACAAACAUCCAUUUUAUUCCAUUAUUACAAUUAUAA